UCUGUGGGCAGCAGGCAGUGACCUCCUCACAGGUCCAGGAGCAGCAGACAGCAAGCGACGGUCCUCUGAGAGGUCUGCGGCGCCAUGGAGAAAGGGAAGGGGGUGUCCAGAAAAGGCCGGAAGCUGGCAUCCAGCCGCCGCAGGCAGGCGCGGGAGCCGGCGGACGCUCAGGAUGCGCCUGUGGCCCCGGAGGCUGAGUCCUGGCCCUCGGACGCUGCUGCGGAGCUGCAGGCCUUCUUCCAGGACUGUGGAGCCAAGGAGAGGGGCUUUGUUACCCGGGAGGAUCUGGCGGAGGCCAGGUUCAGCUUCCUGGGUGGCGAGGAGCCGCAGAUGAUCUUUGACUGGGUGGACAUGGAGAGCAGGGGCCGUCUGUCGCUGGAAGAAUUCAGCUCUGGACUCAAAGAUGUCUUUGGCUCCAGCCCUAGUACCCACAGACUCCGCACAAAGCCGUCAUUGCCCUCUCAACGGGAAUCUGUCACUUCCACCUUCCCCGCCCUCGAGGAGGCUGAUGCUGAAGAGAAGGAGGCCUUCCUGGCCCUUGUAGGACAGAUGGAGACCAGCCACUCCCUCUCUGAGCAGGCUGAGAUCUGGAAGCUGUGGAGAGAGUUGCGGCAGGAGGAGCCCCAGCUGGCAGGCAACCUGGAGGGCUUCCUGGCCAAGAUGAGCGGCCGUCUGCAGGAGGCUUGGGCUGACCGGGAGGCCCUGGCGUGGACCCUGAGAAAGCGAGACUCCGACCAUCUCCACAAGGUGAGACAGCUCUAUGAGGAGACGGAGGAGCAGAUCCGCAGGGAGAGGCAGCAGCUGCAGGCCCAGAGCGACUCCCGGGACAUUGCCCUCAGCGCCAACAUGCAGGAGGCCCUGCAGGCCAAGGAGCAAGAGGCUCAGCGGCUGGCGGAGGGCCAGAGAGAGCUGGAGGCUCAGCUCCUUCACCUCAGCAGCACACAGCAAGAGGCCAGCAGGGAGAAUCUGCAGCUCCGGGAGGCCGAGCGUGACCUGGCCGGGCAGCUAGAAGAGGUGCGGGGACAACUGCAGGUGACAAGAGGACACUUGGAUGCUGCCAGGACCAGGGGCCGAGUGUCCUGGCAGAUAGAGGAAGAGCCAAGUGUCCCCAGGGAAAAUAAGGAGGCCCCAGACCCUCAGGCCAACCCCACAGAGGAGGCCCCACUGCCUGAGCUGUUUGGGGACAAUGAUGACUGGGACCGGCUCCUCGGCAGCUUCGAAGACCAUUCCCACAGAACCCUGCGGCUUUGCUGGAGCCCACCCCCGAGCCCGGGUGGCACCUCCGCCCCCCAGACUCCCCGCAUUGUUAGACAGAUCUCCAUUUCCAAGGUGUCUGCUCUGCAGUUUCCUCAGGAGCCAGUCUCAGAUUCAGACCCGGGUCCGAGAAGCCCCGCCGGGGUGUCUCCUGGUGGUGCCAGAGAUAGAACAGGGGUGGAGGACCCCAAGGGGCAGGAUGGACAGGACGUCAUCUCUAAGCAGCCUGUGGACACCCCUGACUUAGAUGCCAGACCCCAGGGCCCCUUCCUCUGGAGUCUUCCAGGAGCCCUGGCUGGGGAGUCUGGGAAUGCUGAGGCAGCAGCUUCCAGAGUUCUACUUCCUUCUGAGGCGGAGCCUCCUGCUCACGGGCUCUCUUCUCCUCCUCGGUCCCCAACCGCGUCCAGAAAGCAGACCCAGGCUCCAGAUCUGGGCGACAAGAGCCUCUGGUCUGGACCUGAUCCAGCCAAACUGCCCAUAGAGAGCGAGGUUAUGGCGGAGGACCUGAAGCUGGGCUUAGCGUCCCAGGGAACCACAGAUCUCCCUGAGGAAGCCACAGAACCCUUCCUGAGCCUGGAGUCUGUGGACCAAGUGCACACAGAGAGACCAGUGCAGGAUGAGGCACACCUGGCUAGGCCAGAGAGUCAUCCUAGGAGUUUCCAAGAAGCCCACGGUCAAGUCCUUAGUGUGGAUAGCCCGUCUACCCACCUUCCCCAGAGUCUCGAAGAGCAGCUCAGGCCUGAGGAAGGAAAGUUAGGAGAGAGAGGCCAGCAGGAGCCCGGCUCGGCAGAGGCCAGUGAAGCUCAUGGCCUGGAAACCAGGAACACAGAAUCAUCCCAGCAAGAUGAUCCCCUGUCUAACAUAUCACAGCCUCCUGCUGAGAUAGAAGCCCCUGCUCCUGGCCAAAUGUCUCCUCCGAGGGGCUCUCCCAUCUUGGGGGGUGGGGCUGGGCUUGCAGUGGGAGCCCCAGAGACCACACGAGCUCUCCUCACCCUGGCUGAGUCGGCAGCCCAGCCCAGGCCCGUGUCCAUGCCUGUUCAGGUGGAGAGUAUGUCAGAUGCCACUCAGCCCACAGAGCCAGAGGCAGAGAGCAGGCCUGAGGAACCGAGAACAGACUUACGGGAGGCUGAACCGAGUUCUUCCCCUGGCGACCUCCCUGCUGACAAGCCUCAAGCUGACCCCGAUUACCUCUACCAUGUCAUCUUCUUGGGGGACUCCAGUGUGGGCAAGACCUCAUUCCUACACCUGUUACAUCAUGAUGCUUUUGCUACUGGGCUGACAGCCACUGUAGGAGUGGAUUUUCGGGUCAAAAACUUACUGGUAGACAACAAAACCUUCGCCCUGCAGCUGUGGGACACUGCUGGACAAGAGAGGUACCACAGCCUCACACGACAGUUGCUUCGCAAGGCGGAGGGGGUGGUGCUCAUGUAUGACGUCACCUCCCAGGAGAGCUUCACCCACGUGCGUUACUGGCUGGACUGUCUGCAGGAUGCAGGUGUAGAGGGAGCGGCCAUGGUCCUGCUGGGAAACAAGAUGGACUGUGAGGAGGAGAGGCAGGUGCCCACCGAAGCUGGCAGAAGUCUCGCCCAGGAGCUGGGCAUCUCGUUCGGUGAGUGCAGCGCGGCCCUGGGACACAACAUCCUGGAGCCCAUGAUGAACCUGGCUCGGUCACUUAAGAUGCACGAAGACCGUCUGAAGGCCUCACUGGCUGAAGUGAAUCGUCCGCAGCCCCCCAAGAGAGCUGGCUGCUGCCGCUGACCGCCAGCCUGGUCCCAUCACGGACUGAUUUUUCCCAUGGCUCCCAAUCUGCUUCCUAGACAUAGCUGGGAUAGAGAAGCCCUUCAGGGGACAAUGUGACCUCCGCUCCACUGAGCAAACAUGCCAGGGAUAGAUGGCAGGACAAAUCUAGAAACUCCACACAAGCAAAGUGUCCCCAAGUCUUUCGUUCACCGCAGGUGGCAAGAUGGUAUGGUAUUCUAGUUUAAUUUCUUUGAUGCUAGAGACUGGCCUAUAGCAACUCAGAGGAGGGAAAGGCUUAUACUUCCGGGUCGCUGUCCAGCACUGUCAAGACAGGAACUGAAGCAGGAACCAUGGAGGACCGCUGCUUACUGGCUCACACACUGCCUAAUGCUUGGCCAGCUUUUAUAGAGAGCCCAGGGAUGGCACCACCCACAGUGGAUUGAGCCCUCCUGGCUCAAUCAUGAAGCAAGGCAGUGCCCGUGGACACACCCACCCCAGGCCAGUCUGGCAAGAGCAAUUCUCUAUUUAAGAACUUCCUGUUGACUCUAGAUUGUGUUACAUUGGUAUUAAAAAGUAACCAGGCUGCAGGACACACUCGUGGGAGGGCGCUCUUCUCCCUUUGAGUAUUUCUGGAUUUUUGCCAGUGCCUUGUACAACCAGGGGAAUCAGAUGUGGAGAAGGAAAUAAACCCUGCAGGGAGUC